UGGAUCAAAGGUGAAGGUUGUGAUCAUCAACGAGAAGGACGUAGAGGAUGUCAAAGAAGAACUUCCGUUGUCACUCAAGCCUCUCCCGCGUACCAUGCAGAUACACCAGAUUCUUGUGAUCAGUCCAGGGUCCUUAAGACACCGCCCGGUAUCCUGCUUUUGUGGGAAGCCAGACUUCUGUGAUUGUUUUGCACCAGAGACAGCGUCAUUCUCCGUUCAGACCGAGGAUGAUUCUGAACCGGAAGGCGCCCCACACAUUGCAGCACCUGAACAGGAGUCGGGCAAGUUACAAAAGGUUCAAGAUGUGAACGAGAGUUUAGUUUCGCGCUACUGUGUGGUUAAGUACGAUGGCAAUGCUUUUCCAGGCAUCGUUCUGGCAGUCGAUGAUGAUGAGCUGGAAGUGAAAGUCAUGCACAGGGUCGGCCGAAACAGAUUUUUCUGGCCAAGUUUAGAAGACACUUUGUGGUAUGCUAAAAAGGAUAUCAUCACACUUUUGGUUGACCCACCAAAACCAGUCACGUCCAGGCACGUACAAGUUGAUCCGACUAUUUGGAUCGAGAUUGAAAAAGAGGAGGAAUGACUUAAUAAUGAACCCCACGUUAAUGAACGUUCAAAGUGGACACAAUGAACUUCCAAGUUGA